AUGUUGUCUGCACACGCUGAUGCGCACUCUUCUGCACUCAACUCCGUCGGAAGGCCUCAUCCGCGCGAUGAUUUCUUGCUUGUGAACCAGUUCGCUCGAACACACCGAAGGACUAUUGAACAAGCCGCAUACUCUGCCAUCCGUUUGUCCGGACAUACCAUCGAAACAUUCGACUUCCCUUCUCAUUUCCUCUCAAUUCACCUCAAGUACAGACAGGACUUGUCGGGCAACCCUGCCAUUGCUUUUCAGGUUCUUGAAAGUCGAUUGUCGCAUCUGAACGUACUCGACCCUCAGAUGAGAGCUCAACUUGACAAGUCCAUUGCCUCUCACGAUGCGAUAAUCGAAGUCGCCAAGAAGGCUGUCGAGAAUUUACCCGCAGUGGCAGGCCCGCUUACCAUCUACUGA